AUGCCUCUCAUCAUCGUGACCGGCUUCCCGACCUCGGGCAAGUCCACGCGGGCGAAGCAGCUAUACGACUACCUCGCAGGACGCACCGCCGACUCGAAGCACCGCCUGCACCUCGUAUCCGACGACAGCCUAUCCAUUCCCCGCACCGUCUACGACCUCGCGGCCGUGCCCGCGCACACACGCUCCGCCAACGCCUCGGAAAAGGACGCGCGCGCCAGCCUCUACGGCGCCGUCAAGCGCGUGCUGUCCGACCGGGACAUUGUCAUCCUCGACGGUCUCAACUACAUCAAGGGCUGGCGGUACCAGCUGCACUGCGAGGCCAAGGCCGUGCGCACGCCCAGCUGCGUCCUGCAAAUCGGCUGCACGCCGGACCGCGCCAGGCAGGUCAACCAGGCCCGUCUGGAUCGGCGCGCGGCCGCGGCACCAGACGGCAGCCCGGAGGAGCCGUACGAGCAGGGCAACUGGGACAACCUCGUGUUCCGCUACGAGGAGCCCAACCCCAUGACGCGGUGGGACAGCCCGCUCUUCACGCUCAUCUGGGAGGACGACGAGGCACAGGCGACGCGCACGUUUGCCGCGCUCUGGGACGCCAUCGCCGGCGACGGCCGCAAGGUGGUCCGCCCGAACCAGUCGACGGAGCCGCCGUGCGGGCGCGACGCCGCCGGCGACUACCUCUACAUCCUCGACCGCGAGACGCAGUACAUUGUCCGGCGCAUCCUGGAGCAGCAGCAGGCGGCGGGGGACGAGGCGGGCGGCGAGGUCAGGAUCCCGCUCAACGAUGCCGCGCAGGACGACUUGGUCGUCGACCUGCCCGCGCUGAAGAAGCUGACCCUGCCCGGCCUGCAGCGGCAUCGGCGCGCGUUCAUGGGCCUCAACCGCGGCGGCGUCGGCUUGGAAGCCGUCGGCAGCAUGGCGGCGGAUCGCCUCCGUACGCUCUUUGUGCGCUAUCUCAAUGACGCGUUCGAAAACGAGGAGUGA